GAAGAGUUUGGACUUUCUCCCUCUCAAUUUGCCACCUCUGCCUGCGAUCGACACUUGGAUAACGCUAAAAAUGAGAACGGCCAGACAUAGCGCGUGCACAGUCCAUCACUUUGAGAGUUUCUCUUCGGCCGCGUUCAUUGGAAUGUUUCUCAUGGUUCUUGUGAGUGACUUCCCGUCAAGAAGCUCCUCAGUCGUUUCCGAUGGCGUCGUCUGAGCUCGGACUCAAUUGUUUGCGUUCGCUUCGGGAUAGGUGCAAAGCACCGAACAGGAAAUGACAUCGCCGCCGCGUCUGUGUCACUUCCUGCCGAGCUCAGAUUCCACCAACGUGCUGCGAUGUCAUUGUCAGAACGCCACGAGCCGGUCCGCCGAACGGUGUCCCGCCGCGGCCCGCCGGAGACCUUCAGGAGUCCUCUAGAGGCGCAACAGAGACCCUCCAGGGUCCUCCAGACUCACAAGAGAUCACCCAAAGUUCCAGAUGGUCGGCACACGUUUCCAGCGACCCGCACGCAAGACAGCCAACACGGAGGCCCGGCGCACUUCCAAAAAGACCCUUCAAAGAUCCGUCAGAAUCCCGGAGAACAACUCCGCCAUCUUGUUCGACGUUGUUCAGCUCCUCAAAGAAAAACACAGAAAAGCAACGUUUCCUCAAAGGAACCAGGCCUGGAUUUGAUGAUGGAACACGAAAAGGAUUCACAUCUCCACUCACGAUGCUUUUUGCAGGGAGCAACUAAAUCUGAAACUCACUCACUCUUUGAAGAACGGGCGAUAAAGCAGGACGAAGGUCACCAGAGCCACAGAAAUGUUACGGCGACUCACCUGGAACCCGACCAGGCUCAUCUUCCCGCUCAGCCGGAUCCCCUUAAGACCUGUACGCCAGCUCACAUGGACCCACCUCAGACUUCUCAUCCUCCUUACUCGGACCCCCAUCAGGCUGCUACCCCUGCUCACCUUGACUCCCAUCAGGCUCCUCUUAUUGCUCACCUGGAUCCCCAUCCCACUCCUACCCCUGCUCAUUGUGACCCCCUUCAGUGUCCUCCCCCUGCUCACCCGGACCCCUGUCAGACCCCUCUUCCUGUUCACCGGGACAGCCUGGACACUCCCAACUUUCCGGGUAGUUCCGGCGAGCCCAAACUUUGCGGCUUCCUGCUGAAGCAGGGCGGCCCUCUGCGGGCCUGGAAGCGGCGCUGGUUCGUCUACGAGGAGAAGCAGAACCAGAUGUUCUACUACCGCACCCCGCAGGAUGUGACUCCGCUGGGCCGGGUGGACCUCAGCUCCGCCGCCUUCACCUACCCGCUCAAGGCCGAGACGGGCACCUUCCACAUCGAGACGCCCGAGCGCACCUACACCCUUAAAGCGCUGACUCAGGAUCUGAUGCUUUAUUGGCUGCAGCAGCUGCAGCUCAAUCGCUGGCAUCACCGACAGGGCCGUCGGACGAGCGCCCGCCCCGAUGCCGCGGGCGAUAUCACAGAGAACUUCCUGCCGCUGUUGAGGAGUCCCGCGGGGCUGGUGGGGCGGGAGGCCGCCAAGGAGGCACCUCGCGGGACGCCGCUCGCCAACGUGUCCAUCAAACAUCCUUUCAUCCAAAUCCAGAACACGGUCCACGGCCUUCGAAAGAGGUCGUCUCAAGAGUGGGCGCAAAGCGUCUUCUCCGCGCAAGCUCCGGCCGGGGUCCGCCAAGCGGAGGCCGCCGCCGACGGCGCCGCUACCCGGCGGGAAAAGCGAACGCGCGCCGACUUUGCGCGCGAUCUGGACCGGAGGGACCGGCAGGUGGCGCAACUGCGGGACGAGGUCAGGAAGCUCACCGAGGAGAACCCAGCCGAGCGGGAGGUGAUCGCCAAGCUGUCGGAUCACGUGGCCGCCCGCGUGUCCGAGCCGGCGAGGUCCACCUCGUCCGCUCGUGCCCCGGACUCGCUCGGACAACUGCAGCAGUGCGUCGAGGACCUGAAGGAUGACAUCGAGGCCUACAAGACGCAGAACCGCUUUCUGAACUCCGAGAUCUUCCAGCUCACCAAGCUGUGGAGGAAGAGCUCGGAGCAGGAGCGAAGUCUGAUGGUCAAGUGCGCCUACCUGGAGGCGUGGCGCUGUCAGGCCGAGAGUCGCUACCUUGGAGUCCUCGGCAAGCUGCAGGAGCACGCAAGUCUGGAUCCGGAGCAGCGGCAGUCGAUUCGAAAGAUGGCGGAGGAGGCUCUGCAGGGGCAGGCGAAGAACAACGCGGCCGCCGCAAACGGCCUUCACGACGAGUACGGCUUCCGGAUCAUUCCCGACUACGAGGCGGAAGACGUGAAGCUUCUGGCGAAGAUCCAAGCGCUCGAGAUCCGCUCGCACAACCUGCUGCGACAGGACGGUCGAGAGCGCGACCUCUCGAGUCGCUGGGCUCAGUACCUUGCCGGCAGGUCAGACGACGACUUUUGCCCGUCGCCGGAACUCAAAGCUCUGCUGCGGGCCGGCGUCCCUCCGGAGUACCGGCGGCGCGUCUGGCGCUGCUUGGUCCGAAUCAGGACCGGGGCCGCCAGAGAGCGCCAGCCGCAGCUGUGUCUCCAGUUGUGCGACAAGAGUCGCGCGUGUCCCCAUCCGGCCUCCAGACAGAUCCGGUUGGACCUUCACCGCACCCUAACCGGCAACCGCAAUUUCUCCUCGCCAUCGAGCCUCGCCCACCAGCAGCUGGAGCGCAUCCUGUCGGCCUUCUCCUGGCAGAAUCCCUCCGUCGGCUACUGCCAGGGUCUCAACAGGUUGGCGGCCAUCGCUCUUGUGGUCCUCCAGAGUGAAGAGGAGGCCUUUUGGUGCGUGGUGGCCGUGGUGGACGCCAUCAUGCCUCAGGACUACUACGGCAAGAACCUGCUGGCCGCGCAGGCGGACCAGCACGUUCUGAAGGACUUCCUGGUGGAGAAGCUUCCUCGGCUGGCGGCGCACUUUGACCUUCACGGAAUCGACGUGUCUCUGGUCACCUUCAACUGGUUCCUGGUGGUUUUUGUGGAGAGUCUUCCCAGCGACAUCUUGCUGCCUCUCUGGGACGCCUUUUUGUACGAGGGCACCAAGGUGAUGUUCAGGUACGCUUUGGCUCUCUUCAAAUACAAAGAAGACGACAUCCUGAAGAUCCACGACGGCGUGGACGUCUACCAAUACCUUCGCUUCUUCACCAAGACCGUCACGGACGUCAGGAAGUUGAUGGGAAUGGCCUUCGUCGACAUGAACCCCUUCCCCGGCCGCCUGCUCAAGAAGCGGCGGCUGCUUCACCUGGAACGGCUGCAGGGAGAGCUGCGGGAGCUGGAGGAGCAGCAGCAGGCCUUCGCGGCGCUCGCCCUCCGCCGCCCCGACGACCAAAUGGACAACGUGGCCAGCGAGGACGACGAGGAACUGGCCUGAAGUCCGUCGUUGCCGUUCGCCCGCUUGGUCCCCAUUCGACGUCGCGCCCGCGUGACUUGACGCCGGCGGCCCGUUCAAGUGUGAAAGCGUGCCUUCUGUCGCCUUUUCAAAGGAAAACCAAGCCGCCUCCCUUCAGGUACGCCAGAUGGCGAUCGCGCCGGCCGCCCGGUGCGGCGCAAACGUCAAGAAGUCGGAUGCGGACAUGAGUCGACUUGUUUUGCGACUCCGAGAGAAGAGGAUGACUGACGUCCAAUGAAAAUCCGGGCUCCAAAAAUCCACAAGGACAGCCGAGCCAGGUCGAGGCCACGUGUUCGCUCGCCGAUAGCUCACGCUCAAACGUCAACCGAGAGUUGACGGCUGAGCGUUCAAUUUAGAAGACGAGCGAGUCGUAGCUCACAUCCGGACUGGUUUGGGAACCGAAGACGAAUGCGUUGCAGUUCCGUGUGAAGAGUCGAAUUUUCUUUUCCGUGACGUCGCGGUGGGACCCCCCCCCGAUCCAUUUCCGUACGCGGCAAUUCUACACGCAGUCAUUAUGUUCCAAUGAUUAAAGUCAGAGCAAGACAAGCCAUAAGUGAUGCUUUUUAUUGGACUAUUUUUCUACAAAAAAAAAAAAAAA